AUGGAGCAGCAAUUGCAUAAGCCGCAUCGCAAGUCCAAGGACAGGAAGGACAAGAAGGACAAGAAGGAGAAUACUGGGGAGCGCAAUCCAAAGGCCUUCGCCUUCGCCAGACCCGGAAAGCUUCAACGACAGGCAGCGAGAUCGCAAGACGUCAGAGAAAAGCGACUCCAUGUCCCGCUCGUCGAUCGACUGCCCGACGAGGCCCCUCCUCGCCUCGUCACCAUCGUUGGCCCUCCCGGUGUAGGCAAGACGACCCUGCUCAAGUCCCUAGUCCGACGAUAUGCCAAAGAGACCAUCUCCGACCCUCAGGGUCCCAUCACUGUUGUCACCUCCAAGAAGCAGCGCUUGACGUUUGUCGAAUGCCCCAACGAACUCGAGGCCAUGGUCGACAUCGCCAAGGUGGCCGACAUUGUCCUCCUGAUGAUUGACGGCAACUUUGGCUUUGAGAUGGAGACUAUGGAGUUCCUCAACGUCCUCGCCGCGACAGGUAUGCCCGGUAACGUCUUUGGCAUUCUGACCCAUCUCGAUCUGUUCAGGAAGCCCCAGGCGCUCAAGGAUGCCAAGAAGAGACUGAAGCGCAGACUGUGGACAGAGCUAUACCAGGGCGCCCACCUGUUCUAUCUCUCCGGUGUCAUCAACGGCCGAUACCCUGAUCGCGAGAUUCACAAUCUAUCUCGUUUCCUCUCAGUCAUGAAGAACCCUCGUCCGCUCAUCUGGCGCAACUCACACCCUUACUCCAUUGUCGACAGCUUCCGAGACAUCACCCACCCCACCAAAAUCGAGGAGGAUCCCAACUGCGACCGGUCGAUUGUUCUGUCUGGAUAUCUACGAGGCACAAACUUCGCGUCACAGGGGCAGCGGGUACACGUUCCCGGUUUGGGCGACUUUACUGUCUCAAACAUGGAGGUUCUGCCAGACCCGUGUCCGACGCCAUCCAUGGAGCAAGCAAUGGCGAAGAUCACUGGAAAGACUGGGCGGCGAAGGCUCGACGAGAAGGAGAAGAAGAUGCAUGCGCCAAUGUCCGAUCGCAGUGGCCUGAAGAUUGAUGGCGACGCCAUCUGGAUUACCCGUGAAAAGGGCUUCAGCUUUGACCAGGAGGAUGAGGAUGGCGAGCGUGGUGAGGGUGAGGAGAUGAUUGUCGGUCUUCAAGCUGAACGAAAACUCCUCGGUCAAACCGAAGACGGUGUGCAGCUCUUCAGAGGCGGCGAGCAGAUCAAGGAAGUGCCCGAGGAAGAGGACACUGGACGAAAGUCACAACGCAAGGCCCGCUUUGCGGAGCGAGAGGAUGACGACGAAGAGCAAGGCGAGGAUGAUGAGGGAUUCGUUAGCGGAAGCGACGAGGGCGAUUCUGAUGCCGAGGUCGAGUUCAACGAGGGUAAGCUUGGCAAGAUGUUCCGGAAAGAUGCCGACAAGGAGGGUAAUGAGGAGGAUGUUGCCUUUGCGGACAGCGACUCGGAUCUGGGAUCAAUGUCCGAACAGGAUGAUGCGGACUCAGAUGAAGAAUACGACUCUGACGAAGAGGCCGCUGCUUUGAGAUGGAAGGACAACCUAAAUGGCACAGCCUCAAAGCUCCAUGGCAGGAGACGCUCAUACCACACCGGCGACUUGGCGAGGUUAAUGUACGAAGAGUCAUUGAGCCCCGAAGAGGCAUUAAACCGAUGGAGGGGCGAUGACGGUCAGGAGGAGAACAUUGAGGACGAUUCGGAUGACGAGGAAUUCUUCAAGAAGUCAAAACAGGAGAAGGACGAUGCUGUGGAGGACAGGUCGAUACCCGAAUUUGACUACGAGGACCUGGCAACGAAGUGGGCAGAGCAGGACAACAUUGAGGCACUGCGAAAGAGAUUCACGAGUGCCUUUGGCAGAGGUGACGAUGAGGAGGGAGGCGACGAUGAUAUGGAGGGAGGAGGCGAUGACAGUGAAGGAGACGGAGAGUUCCAGGAUCUCGAAGCCGAGGAGGGCGAGACCAAGGCUGAAGAGCCACCCCAACAGACGGCCGAGGACAUUGAGGCGGAGCGAGAAAAGAAUGCCAAGCGCAAGGAAGAGCUCAAGCAACGGUUCGAAGAGGAGGAUCGAGACGGUUUCCUCAACGACAAGGCCAAUUCCCGGCGAGACGGUGGCGAUGUGCAGGAGUUUGGCGAGGACCAGUGGUACGAGUCGCAAAAGGCCAUGAUCCAGAAGCAACUCGACAUCAACAAGGAGGAGUUUGAGACUCUGGACGAGCGACAGCGCGCAGCCGUCGAGGGCUACCGCGCCGGCAAGUACGCCAAGGUGGUGCUCGAGGGCGUCCCGGCCGAGUUCGUCAACAAGUUCAACGCGCGACUCCCCAUCGUCAUCGGCGGACUGUCGCCGACCGAGGACCGCUUCGGCUUCCUCCAGGUGCGCGUCAAGCGUCACCGCUGGCACAAGCGCAUCCUCAAGACCAACGACCCGCUGAUCUUCUCGCUCGGCUGGCGACGCUUCCAGACGCUGCCCAUCUACAGCACCACCGACUCGCGCACGCGCAACCGCAUGCUCAAGUACACGCCCGAGCAUAUGCACUGCUUCGGUACCAUCUACGGCCCUCUGAUCGCCCCCAACACGGGCUUCGUGUGCUUCAACUCCUUCUCCUCCAGCAACGCCGGCUUCCGCAUCGCCGCCACGGGCACCAUCCUCAGCGUCGACGAGUCGACCGAGAUCGUCAAGAAGCUCAAGCUGACCGGCCACCCCGCCAAGAUCUACAAGAACACGGCCUUCAUCAAGGACAUGUUCAACUCGUCGCUCGAGAUUGCCAAGUUCGAGGGCGCCUCAAUCAAGACCGUCUCGGGCAUCCGCGGCCAGAUCAAGCGCGCGCUGUCUAAGCCCGAGGGCCACUUCCGCGCCACCUUCGAGGACAAGAUCCUCGCCAGCGACAUCGUCUUCUUGCGCGCCUGGUACCCGAUCAAGCCGCGCCGCUUCUACAACCCCGUCACCAACCUGGUCGGCUGGCAACCCAUGCGCCUCACCGGCGAAGUACGCCGCGACCAGAACAUCGCCACGCCCCAGCCCAAGAACAGCCAGUACCGCGCCAUCGAGCGCGAGACCCGCCACUUCAACCCGCUGCGCGUGCCGCGCGCCCUCGCCGCCGACCUGCCCUUCCGCUCGCAGAUCGUCCAGACCAAGAAGCAGAAGAAGGAGACGUACAUGCAGAAGCGCGCCGUCGUGCUGGCCCCCGGCUCCGAGGAGAAGAAAGCCCGCGCCCUCAUGCAGCAGCUGCUCACCAUCCGCAACGACGCCGCGGCCAAGCGCCGCGCCAAGAAGGACGAGAACCGCGCCGCCUUCAAGAAGAAGCUGGCCGACAACGAGGAGAAGAAGGAGGCCCGCGAGAAGCGCGAGUCCAAGGAGUACUGGCGCAAGAACGGCCGCAAGCGCAGCGCUGCCGAGGACGGUGCUGGCGGUGGUGGAGGUGGCCACAAGCGCAGGAAGUGA